UUUGGUUUUUCCCUUUUUUUUUUACUGCCCCUCUAAAAUCCAUUAAUACCUGAUACCCCAUUCAUUUCCUUUUCUUCUACUCUCCUUCGAAUUCUUUAAUUUGUCUAGCCAUUGUCAGGAGGCCAUUUUAGAUAAUUCAUUGAAUGUGACGUUUCUGUGCGAGGUUGGAGAUUGGCUAAACUUCAGUUAUUAGAGGAAGUGAGAGUUUUUGAGCUUCACUUUCUUAACUCCUAUUAUUAUUGAAAAACCAAUAUGUUGUAGUUGAACUUCUCAUUGAAAGUUUGAAAAAGUUGAAAAGAAACAAAAGAGUACCGGGGAUAAAUGUCGAUUAGUCUAACUUCACCACUGCUACCUUGUUGGAGAAGUGUAUAUCUCAGGGUCGUAUUAUUGGCUUCAAACAUCCACUGUAUGAUGGAGAAAUCAUCAUGAUAAAGAUUCCUUAAUCACUGCCAUGGUGGAUCUUGAUCAGAAGGAAACUGCAUCUAGUACUGUCAACAUGUCCUCUAAAAAGAAAGAGCUUCUUUCCACGGCCCUGAAGAGAACCAGUGAAUGGAUUUUUUCUCAGGAGAUUCCAAGCGAUGUUAGUAUUAAUGUUGGAGGUGUUUCUUUCUCAUUACAUAAGUUUCCAUUAGUCUCAAAGUGUGGACACAUUAGGAAACUGGUAUCAGAAUCAAGCGAUGCCGAUCUUUCUGUCAUCGAGCUUCACAAUGCUCCGGGUGGAGCAGAAGCAUUUGAACUUGCAGCCAAAUUCUGCUAUGGAAUAAACUUCGAGAUAGGCACAGAAAACAUUGUCAUGCUCAGAUGUGUGGCAGAGUAUCUUGAGAUGACAGAGGACUAUGCUGUUGGAAACUUGGUGGGCAGAACCGAUGCCUACUUGAAUGAAGUGGCACUAAAAAGCCUAUCAGGUGCAGUUUCCAUUUUGCACAUGUCAGAAAAGUUCCUUCCAAUAGCAGAGAAAGUGAAAUUGGUGAGCAGAUGCAUAGAUGCUAUUGCUUAUUUGGCCUGCAAGGAGAGCCAAUUCUGCAUGUCAGGUAGGAGUAGCGAGAGCAUAUCCGACGGUGUGAUUUCUUCCACUGUGCCUCAGCCAAAACCCAUGGUUGAUUGGUGGGCUGAAGAUUUAACUGUUCUUCGAAUUGAUAUGUUCCAAAGGGUUUUGAUUGCAAUGAUGGCAAGAGGGUUUAAACAAUAUGCUCUUGGGCCAGUACUCAUGCUCUAUGCACAAAAAUCUCUACGAGGUUUGGAAAUAUUUGGAAAGGGAAGGAAGAAAGUUGAGCCACAGCAAGAACACGAAAAGAGAGUUGUGUUGGAAACAAUAGUGAGUCUUCUGCCAAGGGAGAAAAAUACAAUGUCAGUUAGCUUUCUUUCCAUGCUGCUUCGUGCUGCAAUAUAUCUCGAAACAACAGUCGCUUGCCGGUUAGAUUUGGAGAAGAGGAUGGGGAUGCAAUUGGGACAGGCAGUUUUGGAUGAUCUCUUAAUUCCUUCAUAUUCAUUUACUGGGGAUACAUUGUUUGAUGUGGACUCUGUGCAGCGUAUUAUGAUGAAUUUCCUUGACUAUGACUUGGAUGGGAACAAUUUGGGGUACAGUGCAGAGAAAGAGUACGUGUCACCUCCACCAAGUGACAUGGAACGAGUUGGGAAGCUAAUGGAGAACUACCUUGCUGAAAUAGCCUCUGACCGCAACUUAUCUGUUUCGAGGUUCAUUGGCCUAGCUGAACUAAUUCCAGAACAAUCAAGGGUGACAGAAGAUGGGAUUUAUAGAGCCAUAGAUAUCUACCUAAAGGCUCAUCCAGCUUUGAGUGAUAUGGAGAGGAAGAAAGUUUGCAGCUUAAUGGAUUGUCAGAAACUUUCCCGUGAGGCCUGUGCUCAUGCUGCACAGAAUGAUCGUCUACCCGUUCAAACAGUGGUUCAAGUCCUUUACUAUGAGCAACAACGCCUUAGAGAUGUCAUGAAUGGCAAUCUAAUAGGCAGUGAAUCCCCUGCUCUUCCUUCAAAACCAAAUUUAUAUUCUACAGACAUACUCCCAGUUGCAGAUGAGCUUUCCAGUCUAAGAAGAGAAAAUGAGGACCUGAAGCUAGAGCUAGUGAAAAUGAAAAUGAGAUUGAAAGAGAUUGAAAAAUCAGGAGGAAUAAAAUCUACGGCUAGCAGUCCAGCAAGCACUUUGUCAUCUUCUGAUAAGCCACCUCUGCCUCGGAAAUCCUUUAUACACUCUGUAUCCAAGAAACUCAGUCGACUUUAUCCCUUUAUGCGUGCUGAUGGACUCACUACUCCCCAUCCAAAAGGUCGUACAAAACCGAACAAAGCGAGGCGGCAUUCCAUAUCUUGAGGCAUUGUUUAUUUUGGGAGCUCUGUGUUUACCUUGUAAGCAGUCUGCUUUCCUAGUUGUUUUUCUCUCUUAAGGCUUGAUAAUGACUAGUUACUACAUAUAUUUGGUUUUUCUGUUUCUCUUUUUCUCUUCUGUUUACUUUGUUUCCUGCUUCACUCUGUGAUAUUGUAAAUAAUAUUAUUUUCUAUGUUUACUACAAGCUACAUAAGUUCAAGUGGAAUUGAUUUGAGUGUAUUGCUUUUGGACA